AUGGAGGCUCCCCCGGAGGAGGCCUUCCGGGGCUACGGAAGCUUCGGAGCCUUCCGCCGAGGGGAUGCCCGCGAAGCCACUGCUUGCGGGGCUCUCUUCGCAUCGUUCCUGGACUGCUGGUCUCUGCAAGCUCUGAGGGCACUGGACCAACCAACCACCUCUGGCCGCAGCGGUCUCGUCAACGCGGCUUCCAACGGUCUUCAACUAGGCAAUGACUUCAAUGGCUCUGCCACCAACAUCUCUGGCAAAAAUUAUUCUGGCUACAAUGACACUGCCUUUAACCGCUCUGCCGAAAAUAUGAUUCACUUCAUUGGUCGUGGUUUCGGAGAUGUUGCUUUCAAAGGUCUCAACCUCAACAGUUCUGCAAUCAGUAGUCCUGUUUCCGAUAGUCCUGCCUUCAACGAACUUGCUUUAAACAACUCUGCCAACAACAACAUUCCCGUUAAAGACCCUGUGUUCAAUCAUCCUUCCUUCAAUAAUCCUGCCUUAAAUACACCUACUUUCUACGGCAAAAUCUCGAAAGGCACUGACUUUAAUGCUUCUUCUUUCAACAACGCUGACUUGAACGGACGUGCUUUCGGCGACUGGGCAUUGAACGACCCUGCCCAAAACGGCUCUGACUUAAACGACCGUGCUAAGAACGGUUCUGCCAUAAACGGCACUAACUUGGACAGCCGUGCCGAGCAUUUUUCCUUAAAUGACCGUACAGACAGGAGCUCUGCCUUGAACGACCGUGCCGGCAACGAUUCUACGUUAAAUGCCUCUGAUUUAACUGAAUGUGGCAACAACUGUUCUGUCUUAAAUGAUUCUACUUUAAACGAUCGUGGUGAACAUGUUCUUGCCCCAAACCUUAGUGACACUGAUCCUGCCUUAAAUGAUUCUUAUUUGAACGACCGUGAGGACAACGGCUCUGCCAAAAGUAGUCCCUCCGUGAGUGACUGUGGGGUCACCAGACCUGCCUCGACCACCCGUGGUGACAAUGGCCAUGUCUUCUAUGGUCCAGCUGGUCCUGCCUUGCACAGCCAUACCGGCAACCACCCCUUCUUCAACGUGGGCGGCGCCACCGGCACCUCCAAGAGCAGCACCACCCACGCUGGCGCACUCGACGGUUUCUGGUCCUUUCAACCCACUCUCCUGCACGGAAUGAUGGGCACAGUUUCCAGACGUUUGGCGUAA